AUGCAAUCCUCACUUUCUUACAAGCCUUCCACGGAGAAAAAGACUCCAGAGAAAUUACGGAAGCCUGUCGUGAUCGACCUAGUCACUGAUUCUGAAAGCGACGCUGCCAAUUCUUUCUCAGCGAGAGAAUGUGUGUCGCCAAAGCGCCCAACUCCACGCACAAGAUCGACGAAUUCAUCUACCGUAUCUAGAGUAUCAAGAAAUCCCCCGGAAAUAUUUGACGACUUUGCUCAACAUACAGUUGUAGCAACCCCAUCGCCAAACUCAUCGGUUGGAGGCGAUGACGAUGUAUUUCAAUCAAACUUCAUAACGCGCGAUGUCUUGAGAGAGAAUGAAUACGCUGUAACCAAGGAGAGACAUGGUCAAGAUGAGAAUGGUUCUGCAUCGAAUAAGCUCCCAAAGGAAGCAAGACCUUUGACAGCAAGUUCCAGUAAUGAAAAGAAAUCUACCCGGUCUCCUAGAAGUCCCCUUGGGAUCGUUCCUCGCAGCGAGGGGCGCAUAACCCAGAAAGACAGCUCUCAACCAGCCACACAGCAAUCGCCAAGGGCGAUUCCGCCCAGCGUUCGAAACGCACAAGUAAGCUCAGGCUCCCCGUCCCUGAGAAGAAGUGCUCGACGGUCUUUGAAUACGAAAGACGACUCGGUGACAUUUUGAGCCAGACACCCGCUGUCGUGCAGCAUGUUGGCAAUCCAAGCCGUCUGCAAGAGUCAGGACCAACCGCAACACCGGACCUGUCUGUCUAUCCAAGAUUUGCUGACUACAAGAAAUCGAGGAAGCAGCAUAUCACAAAUGCCAAGAUAAUCGAACGACUUCUUGAAGGUAGUAGCCCACAAUCAUUCGCAACAAAAACGGGGUGGAUAUACGUUCUCGAGUCUCCAAGCCAUGCAAAAGGAUAUGUGAAAAUAGGAAAGACAGUAGGUAGUUGCUCCACGAGAGAAAAGGCAUGGAGAAAUUGCAACUUUCCAAUACAGCAAGUGGAGGAUAUCAACAUGAAGGCUUUUGACCACUGCUCACUUGUCGAGAGCCUCAUAAUGUUGGAACUCUACAACCAAAGGAAGAAGUUUGAAUGCCAAAGCUGCAAAGGGAAGAAGGGUACCGCAAUAACCCACACAGAGUGGUUUGAAAUAGACAAACAGACAGCUCUGAGACACGUUCAAAUGUGGCGGAAUUGGAUAGCCGAACAUCAACCAUUUAGUGAAGAUGGAAAACUGACAGGUUAUUGGGGUUGGAGACUUGGGAAGCUGUCGAAACAUGGAGCGGAAGUGGAUUGGAGCUCUUGGACAGACCCUUUCUGGCAUGGAAAGUAUGUCUAUCAGAUAAGCCGCCAUCUUGAGCGUAAGGACUUGCAGUAUUGGAUAGUUGGAUUCGUUCUGCUUGGGAUAUUGGACAGUUAUAUAGGUUCAUGGAGCGCAUCUUUCUUUUUCAUAGCAAAAUACAUCGUUAGCUAGGCCCCUUUCAAUUCUAAAGAUCAUUAACGAUAGCUGUCAAAAUCUAAGGAGUUCCUACUGUACUGUAAUGUUUUGGCAAGGGAUUUCGGAUGGAUCACGAAAGAUCAUUGCUAAGAACCAACAUAGAGACUGGGGAGGAGGCUCUGUUGGAUCGAGUAUCGUCCAAGUUCCGAAGGAUUAUCCUGAAGAGGUGGUUUUCAGUUAG